AUGACCGUCACCUACACGGCGCGCGUGGCCAAUGCGCGCUUCGGCGGCUUCUCGCAGCUUCUGCUGCUGUGGCGCGGGAGCAUCUACAAGCUGCUGUGGCGGGAGCUGCUCUGCUUCCUCGGGCUCUACAUGGCGCUGAGCGCCGCCUACCGGCUGGUGUUGACCGAAGACCAGAAGCGCUACUUCGAGAAGGUGGUCAUUUACUGCGACCAGUACGCCAGCCUCAUCCCCGUGUCCUUCGUCCUGGGCUUCUACGUGACCCUGGUGGUGAAUCGUUGGUGGAACCAGUACCUAUGCAUGCCCUUCCCCGAUGCGCUCAUGUGCGUGGUGGCGGGCACGGUGCACGGGCGCGACGAGCGCGGCCGCCUUUACCGCCGCACGCUCAUGCGCUACGCGGGGCUGUCGGCGGUGCUCAUCCUGCGCUCGGUCAGCACCGCGGUCUUCAAGCGCUUCCCCACCAUCGACCACGUUGUGGAGGCGGGGUUUAUGACUCGCGAGGAGCGCAAGAAGUUCGAGAACUUGAAUUCCUCCUACAACAAAUACUGGGUGCCCUGCGUCUGGUUUUCCAACUUGGCGGCGCAGGCCCGCCGUGAGGGCCGCAUCCGUGACAACAGCGCUCUGAAGCUACUGCUAGAGGAGCUGACAGCGUUCCGCGCCAAAUGCGGGAUGCUCUUUCACUAUGACUGGAUCAGUGUACCUCUUGUCUACACUCAGGUGGUGACCAUCGCGGUGUACAGCUACUUCCUGGCCUGCCUGAUUGGCCGUCAGUUUCUGGACCCCGCGCAGGGCUACACGGGCCACAACUUAGAUCUGUGCGUGCCCAUCUUUACCCUACUGCAGUUCUUCUUCUACGCCGGCUGGCUCAAGGUAGCCGAGCAGAUCAUCAAUCCCUUUGGAGAGGAUGAUGAUGACUUUGAGACCAACUUACUGAUCGACCGCAACUUCCAGGUGUCCAUGCUGGCCGUGGACGAGAUGUACGAUGACCUCGCCGUAAUGGAGAAGGACUUGUACUGGGACGCAACCGAAGCUCGUGCCCCCUACACGGCGGCCACUGCGUUCCUACUGCAGCAGCCUUCCUUCCAGGGUUCCACCUUCGACAUAACGCUGGCCAAGGAGGACAUGCAGUUCCAAAGGCUGGAUGGCGUGGACGUGAGGAUGGGCGACGCGCAAGGCGACUUCCUGCAGCGCCUCCUGCCGGUGGGUCCGGGCAGCGCGGCGGGCGCGGGCGGCCUGCUGGGGCGGCGCCUCACGGUGCUGCGCCGUAAGAACAGCUGCGUGUCCGAGACGUCCACGGCGCCCAGCUGCACGUGCGCGGGCGCCCACGACGGCGCGGGCCCCGAGUGCAGCUGCGGAGAGGCGCUGCUCGAGCCUGGCCUACGGGAGGCGGAGCCCGAGGGCUCCGGGGCCACUGAGCUCCCCUCCGCCACCCACACCCCGGAACCCUCCACCAACGUGCCCGCGCCCCGGGGCCCGGCUCCACCCUGGCUGCCCAGCCCCAUCGGCGAGGAGGAGGAGAGCCUGACCUGA